CCCUGUAGUAGACACCACGCCCCUGUAGUUGAUACCACACCCCUGUAGUAGACACCACGCCCCUCUAUAUAGGUUUCUAUUGGCCUGGAUUUGGCUCCAUAUGACAUCAUAACUACGUAGCUUAGUAAAAUUAAGUCAGAUUCUCUUGUGUCCUAACUCCUCAUGAACUCUCCUUCCCAUCUUUCCUUGACCCUGUGAUGUUUUCCACACAGGUCAAGGACAAGUGGUUAGUAAUAGACAGAGGUAAUUUUUGGACUAUUCGGCCUCAAACAACAACAUAUUGGUCCGUCCCUCAACAUGGUCCCACUUCCUGUCCGUGUGUUGUUGGUUCCUACUAAAGAAAAACACAAACGUGCAGUUUCAUGUAGAUUUUGUACAACUAUCUGCAGCAAAGGAACUAUUGUUAUCGGUGAAUGAAUCCAUGGUGAGUAUUUCUACAUGUGAUGAUGAUGAAGAUGAAGUCAGACUGACACCGUUCUUCUUCUCUGGUGCAAGGAGGACCGGGCCCCAGGUGGAGUCUCUGCUGGCGGCCCUAUAUAUUAUUAUUAUUAUAUAUAUAUUUGUUUGAGACAUGUAUAAUAUCUCUGCGAAGCGCCGUGGUGCAGCUUUUAUUUUGAAAGGAGAGGAUGACCUUUCAAAAUAAUUCAUGAUUUAUAUUCAUAAUAAACCUGUCGUUCAUUUUGUUUGAGGUUGGCGAAACGCAUCACUUCCUGUCAGCUGACCUGUGUCGUGGAUUAUUGGUGAACGUGUGAUGAUCACCGCUUCACAUGAUCCUAAAGAUGGUGAUGAAGAUGAUGAUGGUGGUGACCAUUCCUGACCUUUGACCUCACAUCAGAUCAGGAAAAACUCCCAAGAAAUAGAAAAAAAACUUUCACAGGGAAACCUCCAGAAGAGCAACAGAGGAGGGUCUUGUGGUUCUUGAGGAGCAUCCAGUGUUCACUACAACGACUCCAGUAGUUCUUGAGAAGGUUCAGGUUUCAUGGAGGUUCGUCUGAAGAUCUUCUGGACAAUGGUCUGAAGAUCUUCUGGACAAUGGUCUGAAGAUCUUCUGGACAAUGGUCUGAAGAUCUUCCGAGGGUUAUACGUUUGGGUUUGCUCAUCUCAGCAGCUGGAUUCUCGGGAUGUCACGAGUGUGAGUUGUGGGAUCACACAUUACACAGAAAAAACCACGUUUUCUCAAAAGGUUGAAGUUAACGGUGAAUCAUUCGGGUUGAAGUAGUUCUUUAACGUUUCACUGCAACAAGUAGGCGUUCCGUUUUAUAUCAAUUUCCUUCUCACUUCUUGGAAUCAUCAAUCAGCAGCUGUCAUUGGUCCAUUGAGGAGGAGGUCGUCAGCUGAUGUGGGCGUUGAACUGUAAAAGGGUGAAAGAGGAGCUGCAGAGUUUCAGCUCAUGUGGAAGCCCAGACUCAUGAACUCUUUAGGUCCAGUGUCAAUGAGACCAUGCAUUUGUCAUAUUUUUAUAUAUAUAUAUUACAUUUCUGACAGUAAAUAAAUACCACAUUUUGAACCUUUCAUCCAAAAGCAAAGUUUCACUUUUCCAACUUUAAAUGUUAAUGUAAUUUAGUCUUAACAGACUUAUGUUUUAAACUGGAGGAUGAUGAACUCUACACAAGUUUUGUAUUUCACACUUUGACACUGGGGUUUUAAAAUACUUUAUUCUUUUCAGGAGGACCAUGUUAAACGCUACGCAGCUUCCAUAUUUCAUAUUAAGUGCCUACUUUGACACUGGGGUUCUCAAAUACUUCUACUUUAUUAUUAUCAUGUCUUUGUAUAUGUUAAUUGUUUGUUCCAAUGUGUUGCUCAUUGUGGUGAUCUGUAUGAACAGAAGCUUACAUGAACCUAUGUACCUUUUUCUCUGCAGCCUGUUUGUAAAUGAACUGUUUGGUAGUUCAGGGUUGUUUCCAUUCCUUCUGGUUCAGAUCCUCUCUGACAUUCACACUGUUUCUGCUCCACUUUGCUUCCUGCAGAUCUUCUUUGUGUACUCUUAUGUUUGCGGAGAAUUUUCCAACUUAGCCGUGAUGUCUUAUGACCGAUACCUUGCCAUCUGUUAUCCUCUACAAUAUAACACUCGUAUGACCUUUAACAAGGUGGCCAUGCUCAUUGUUCUACCCUGGCUCUACUCUUUUCUGACCAUUGUUAUUUUGAUCUCGUUGAUUGCUCCUUUACAGCUGUGUGGGAACGUAAUCGACAGAGUUUACUGUUUAAACUACUCCAUUGUGAAACUGGCCUGUUCUGACACCAGAGUGAACAACAUCUAUGGACUCAUCAUAACUUUCCUCACAGUCUUUGGUCCUGUAUCCGUCAUCUUUUACUCGUACAUGAGGAUCCUGAGAGUUUGUUUCUGUGGUUCUAAACGGACCCGACAGAAAGCGGUCAGUACCUGCACACCUCACCUCGCCUCCCUGCUCAACUUCUCCUUUGGUGUUUGCUUUGAAGUAUCACAGAGCAGGUUUGAUAUGAAAAGUGUGCACAGGAUAUUGAAAAUAGUUUUAUCGUUGUACUUUCUGACAUGCCAGCCGCUCUUCAGCCCUGUGAUGUACGGACUGAAAACGUCUAAAAUCUGCAUCAUGUGUAAAGGUUUGUUGUUCCACUCUGUUGUGAAGUGUCGACCGGGGGAACUAAACAGGAACAAUGAAUAA